AUGGCCGCCGCCGCCCGCCGCGCGCCGCCGAGCCGCACCUCCGCCUCCGUCCACUGUCUCUCCUCCGCCUCUCCCUCGUCCAAAGCCCUAACUCCUCACUUCCUCUCCUCCCCAAACCCUCCUCCUUUCCCCUCCUCUCCCACCGCGCCCUCUCCUCUCCUCCCCACCACCUCCCUCUCCCACUUCCUCCCCUACGACGAUGACGUCAUCUCCGGCGACGACGGAGGCGACAAGCCCCGAGAGGAGUGCGGCGUCCGUGGGCAUCAUCGGCGACCGGAGGCCUGCCUCGCCGCCUCGCCCUCCGCCCUCCAGCACCGCGGGCAGGAGGGCGCCGGCAUCGUCUCCGCCGACAGCCGCGCGCCUCCGCUCCGUCACGGCCUCGGCCUCGUCGAGGUCUUCAAACAGCCGAAACUCGACUCCCUCCCCGCUCCCGCCAUCGGCCACGUCCGCUACUCCACUGGCGCCGCCUCCUCCAUCGGCAACGUCCAGCCUUUCCUCGCUGGUUACCGCUUCGGCCAGCUCGCCCUCGCCCACAAUGGCAAUCUUGUGAAUUACUCGUCCCUCCGGGCAAAGCUCGAAGAUGAGGGUUCCAUUUUCAAUACCACUUCGGACACCGAGGUUAUACUUCAUCUCAUUGCUCACUCAAAGUCCCGGCCUUUUGUUCAGCGACUCGUCGAGGCCUGCGAGGCGAUUGAAGGGGCUUAUUCGCUUGUGUUCUUGACCGAGGACAAGCUGUUUGCCGUCCGGGACCCGCACGGGUUCCGGCCGUUGGUGAUGGGCCGGAGAAGAACGAACGGGGCGAUUGUGUUCGCGUCGGAGACCUGUGCACUCGACCUGCUCGAUGCAAUGUAUGAACGAGAAGUGAACCCUGGGGAAGUGAUUGUAGUGGAUGGUAAUGAUAUGUCCAUUACUAGUUUGUGCUUGAUGCCUAAAAGGCCGAGGAAAGCUUGCAUCUUCGAGCAUAUUUACUUCGCGUUGCCCAAUUCGAUUGUAUUCGGUCGAGCAGUUUAUUCAUCUAGGUUGUCUUUUGGAGAAAUGCUCGCCGCUGAAUCGCCUGUUGAGGGUGCUGAUGUUGUGAUUCCCGUGCCUGAUUCUGGGUUCUUUGCGGCUCUUGGUUAUGCGAAUAGAUCAGGGGUUCCUUUUCAACAGGGUUUGAUUCGAUCGCAUUAUGUUAGCAGGACAUUUAUUCAGCCCUCUCAAGAGUUAAGAGAUCUUGCAGUUAAGUUGAAGCUUGCCCCUGUUCCUGGAAUCCUUGAAGGGAAGAAGGUUGUGGUUGUUGACGAUUCGAUUGUUAGAGGGACGACCUCAUCCAAGAUUGUGAGGUUGAUAAAGAAUGCAGGGGCAAAGGAGGUUCAUAUGAGGAUUGCUUGUCCUCCUAUUGUUGGGUCUUGUUACUAUGGAGUGGAUACACCGAGGACUGAGGAGUUGAUUUCGAACAGGAUGGAUGUUGAGGGAAUAAGGAAGGAGAUUGGGUGUGAUUCUCUAGCGUUCCUGCCGCUUGAGAGCCUUAGAAGGUUGCUUGGAGAUGAGGCUCCAACUUUUUGUGAUGCUUGUUUCUCCAGGAAUUACCCGGUGCCGCCUAUGGAGAAUGAGGCUGAGAGGGCAACUGUGGAGUUGGUGGCUACAGGCGAGGGACAAUGAGGCGGAGAGAGAUGGCCGACGAAAAUUGUGUGGGUAUUAUUCAUUUGAACUUUUCAUGCAUUGCUUAGUUAUACAUUCUUGAUAGUGGGAAGGAAGACAUUUUAGCUCUUUAGUCUUCCUUAUUUUCUUCGAUUACUUGUGUUGGAAUUAGUAGAAUUGGGUAAUAUUGCUACCACUGCUAAGUUAUGCUUUACUGGAUACAUUGAUUCAUGAGCGAUUUAUUUUGGGAUUAAAGGAUAAUUUUACUAGUUGAUAAUUUUUCGCCGUAUCUUUUA